GUAAUCUCGGCACGCCGGCGUGCCGACCACUAGGGGCUGUGCGCUGAGAGGUUAAGCAUGGCUAAAGCAUAUCCCUGCCUAGGGGAUGCUGAUUUCUAGAGCGAUUCGGAAGAGAAGAGCGAGGGAGGCUUUUCUGAGCCCGACAGCAUUGAUUCUCUCCUGGAGGAAGCAUAUAAACACGGCAAAGAUGCGGUCCUCGACAUGGAUGAAUAUACUGGACCCUCCACUGCCCUCUGCUGCAACUCCCUCUCCUGCUCCUCAGGCCUGCAAGACUGGCGCUGCUGCCACUGUUACUGCUGCUACUGCUGCUCCAGCUCCUGUGUCAUCUCCUCCUCUCACCCGAGCCUGCAGGGCUAUCUCAGCUACUGCUGCCACUCCAUCAUUUGUGUCAUCUCCACCUGUCACUUGAGCCCGCAGGGCUACUUCUGCUUCCGCCCCUGCUGCACGCCCCUGUAGAGAUUCAGAGGCUGCUGUUGGUUCUUCUACUCCUGCUUGUCCCCACAAGGCUUCAACAGGACCAAGUGAGGCCAAAAAAGAGCCACAGUGCCUGAUUUUGAGGGGGAAUGUUAGGACAUCAGUGUUGAGGAUGAGGAGCCUCAUCAGUUCCCCUUCUGCCCUAAGAGGACCCCUGGAGUUCAGCUUGAUGUCACAAAGGAAUACAGCCCCUUGGAACUGUUCCAGCUGUUCUUAGCAAAGAGGCUAUUUAAGUUCUUUGUGACAACACCAACAAGAAUAUAGCACAAGCAACUUCAGAGGAACAGAAGCAGUGGACAGAUUCUA